AUGUCUCUGAUGAUAAAUAAAGAACCAAAUAAACCAAGUCUAUCUGACACUUCUAUCCAGAUAAAACAAAUACCUAAACCUAUGAAUACUUCAUCUAUAACAAAUGAGUCGAAACCUAUCUCGGCUCCGGCAACGAAAGAAUCAGUGUCGGCGAAACCAACACCAACACCGACAGCACCAACAACAGGGGUAGCACCAAAAUCAAGUCCUUUGAUAACCCCUUUGACAGCUUCACAAUCAAAUCUAACGAAAACAACUUCUAUAUCUCCGCAACUAUCAAAAGCAAAAUCAAACCAACCUUCGCAACCACCUUGCAAGCAAAUCAAAACUAAUCCAAAACUACUAUCUAAUCCUCAACCAAAUAAAGCUAAAUCACUGACACGCCCCAGUGUUCAACCGAUCGCAACCAAAUAUCAUAAAAUCCAACCAGCGAUUGCUCCCAAACCAAUGCCAGCAUCUAUGUCCCAAACAUCCAAAUUCAAUCCUAUACCUACGGGGAAACUAUCUCUUCUGAUGAACCAGCUGUCAUUUGCCCGACCAAAUGAUUCCAGUAGUUUAAAUACAUCAAGAAGAUGGGUAUUACCUCCAAGACCAAGACCAGGAAGGAAACCAACUCAUGAUUCUCAUGGGAAUAUUACUAUUGACGACAAGAAAAUUUCUAAAAAUGGCACCGCCACCAACAACAACACUACCACCCCCAUCACUACUACCGCAACUAGUAAUGCUACUGUCGGUAAUGGAAAUCACAAUACUCCUAUAAAUGCUAGCACCAGUAAUGGGAUAACCAAAAAGAAAACAAAAUGUAAAAAGGAUUCAACAUUGGAGGCAAAAAUUGCAUUAAAUUCAAAUACCGACUUAUUGAAUCAGAUUAAAUCAUCAGAGAAUACAACAGUUAUAUCACCAGAGGAUAUUAACCUAAAGUCAAGUAAACCAACUCCUUUGAAAUCAUUAACACCAAACAACAAUAAGACAUCUUCGCCAAUCGUACCAAUAUCAUCAUCCCAACAACAGCCACCACAGCAACAACAAGAAAAGCAACCGAUUCCAUGCACCAAAUCUAAAGCAAAAGCAAAAUCAACAACAACUACAGCAAGAAAAUCGAAAACAGCAUCAGCUAAAGGAACACCACUGGCUGAAGUACCAAUACCGAUACCACCAAUUGAAGUUGAUCCAGAAAAACAUUUAUCAAAUAUGCAAAUGUCGUAUUUAUCUAAAUUGAAAGAACAAGAAGUGAUUCGAAAUUAUAUUGAAGUAUUGACUAAUCAAAUAAAAGAAUUAAGUUUUGUUCAAAAUGGAGUGAUUACAUUUGAUGCUUUGAAAAGUAAUGUUAAAUAUAAUAAUAAGAAAAUAUUGACCAGUACUACAACAUCAACGGGCCCAGGUACCACUGGUGCUGGUGGUAUUCCAACAUCAUCAUCAUCAUCAUCAACUUCAAGCUCAAAAUCAAGGUAUGAUCAAUUAGAAGCAAUUAAUAAUUUAAAUGAUUUGAAUAAAUUUUUAAACUAUUUGACUAAAUCUUCAAAUAUCAUUCAAAGUGUCAAGAAAAAUCCUGGCAUAUCUUCCGAAACCCUUAAUAAACAAGUUGAUCAUUAUGUGGAAGUAAGAAAGAAAUUCAAAGCUAUUAAACGAAAUGAACAAAGUGGUAAAACCUUGAAUAAUUUGGGACUUCAACCACCACCUCCAUCACAAUAUUCAUUAUCUAUUCCUUCAAUGACAACCGGAGCUACUAUUACUACAACAACAGCUGGCUCUACAACCACCCCAAUACCACAAGCAAUGAAGAAUCAUGCUAUGUUUAAUAAUGAUAAACUUUCAGGAAUUUUAUCAGGAUCAACAUUUCAAGAUAUGGACAUAGAUCCCAACAAUAACAACAGUACUAAUAGUUGUGGUGGUGGUCGUGAUAGUGGUGGAGGUGGUGUCGUUGGUGAUACACUCAAUGAAUCUGGAAUGGGUCAAUUUGUUCCUGAUUUAUUGAAACCUAUUAAACCAGUCAAUUUGUUUUCAGAAUUCCAAGAUUUACAAUUACAAACUGAAACUAUUGAAGAAAGCUCUAGUCAAAUAUCUCAAUUAAGUGGUAUUGGUGAAAGUGGUGAAGAAUAUGAUAUUGGUACAACUGUUAGUAAUGGUAAUGGCAGUGGAACCGGUAGCAGUAGCAAUACCAAUAGUAGUGGUAGUAACUUUGCCGUACCUAAUAACUUGAAUGGUGAUGAUCUUGAAUUAUUUAUGGAUGAACAUGAUUUUCUUAAUCGAUUAGUAUUAGAUGAUCGACAAAAAUUGAUGAAUGAUGAAGAAGAAGUAUUUGGGAAAGUUCAAAUCCAUGGCAAUGACAUGAGUGGCUCCAGUAAUGUGAAUAACGAUACUCAUUCUAUUACAAACAAUGAUAAUAAUGAUGAGAAUAAAAAUAUGAAUCAAGUGAAUAAUGACCUUUUAUUGAAGAAGAAAUUCAAAUUCAAUUGUGGAUUUUGUACUAAUGAUACUCCUUGUUUAUGUUUUGACACCAUGUUUUUAGAAAAGUGA